AUGACCGUGGCCUCAACACAGAUCAUCCCCGCCCGCCGCGGUGUCGCAACCGUAGUACGUGCCGGGCAAAAGAUCAGAAUCACAAACACCCACGGUAACCAAGUCGUCGACACCUGGGCCUUCGCCCUACCAUCGACCUCAAUAGGUACCACCUCCUCUCGCCUCGAAGCCCCCCUAUAUCCUGCGGCCUUCUCGUCCUCCUCGUCUCAGUACUCCUCAGCUGCCAAUCGUGCCGCUGCCGCACCAGAAUACAUGUCCAUGUCGCAUUGCCGCGCCAAACUGCUAAAGCUCAUACCUGGUGCUGGCGAUGUGUUGGUCAGCCAGAAACGCGCACCGCUGCUUAAGAUGGUCGAAGACACGAGUCCAGGCGUUCACGAUACGCUGAUUGCAGCGUGUGAUCGAUGGCGGUACAGCGAGCUAGGUGUUGAGGCGUACCAUGGAAGCUGCACAGAUAACUGCUGGGACGCUUUAGCUGCCUUGGCAGCCGACAUGGCAGAAUCGGAGGAAGGCGAGGUUCUGCAAGGACUCCAAACAAGGAUGGGUGGGAGGGUUCCGGAUCCAUUCAAUUUGUUCAUGAACAUACCUGUCACCCAUGAAGGCGCAGGCGCAAAACGAGGCAUCAGUUUUGAAGGCCCUGUGACAAAGCCUGGCGACUAUGUCGUAUUCGAGGCGCUCAGGGAUGUUGUGGUUGUUAUGAGCGCUUGCCCACAAGAUGUGCUCGACAUCAAUGGAAAGAAGCCUGUCGAUGCACACUUCGAUAUAUACUAG